AUGGGGAGCUCUGUCACCCAAGGCCACAAAUGCGGCAAAACUGUGCUGCCUAAUGGUGGACUGACACUGCCUGGGAUUGAAAUGGAUUUCUGUGGUCCAAAUGGUUCCCACUACAGCGUGGAGGAGGGGUUGUUCUCCAACGAGUGUUUUGUCGACGGACUGACCAUUGUGCCCCACACGUUAUUUGUCACACUGGCCAUUCCCGUUCUUAUCAUCCUGUGGAAAUCGCAUGACUCUGGCCAUCGAAGUACAACGUCUUGGGUGCACUUCCAGGGGCAUUCCGUUCGCUGGAUUUUAACCAUCUGCCUCAUUGUGUUCAACAUAUUGGAGAUAGGAGAAGGGUUAGUCUCGGAUGGCAAACUGGCGGGGCUUCGCCUCCAUGUUUUCUUACCUCAUUGUAUCAGUGUGGUAGCAGCUGUCAUUGCCAUUGUCUACUACCAGAAGAUUGAAGCAUGGAAUUCCCCAACCUUUCUUCUCCUUUUGAUGUUCUAUUGGCUGACCGCUCUGGUCACAAAGUCCAUGGAAGUUGCCUCCUUAUUCAAGAAAGGCCUUAAUGUUGGAGAACUGAGGUUCGACCUGCAGUGGGAUGUCAUAAUAGUGUAUUUCCUCUUGAUUUGCGUUGAAUUAUAUGUGCUUUUUGCCCAGAGAUAUGUCUGUUUCAAAAGGAAGCGGCACCUGAGUCCCCCGGAAGAGCUACAUAGAACCAGAUACUACUACAGCUAUGCCAGCUUUCUAUCUCAGUGUACCUACUGGUGGAUGAACCGUUUGUUAUCUAAAGGUUAUAAAAAACCUCUAGAGUUAAAAGACCUUGGAAAAUUGCCAGAGGCUGAGUGGACAGUGACCAAUUAUAAGAAACUAAAGAGUGUGUUCCAGGCAGAAAAGAUUAAGUCUGAGUCAGAACAAGACAAGUUCUCCUUAAUCCACUGCUAUGGGCGAGUCACAUGGCCUAUGCUUUGUCUGUCUGGCUUCUUCAGGCUGGCGGGCGACCUGCUCCAAUUUGCAGCUCCUUUGUGCAUAAGUGGCAUCGUGACUUAUGUUACUGUGGAGAAUGAUAGAGCCAGUGAAAUGAAAAAUCCAGCCAUUCGAAAUAAUAGCACAGCAUCAAGCACUUUAGAUUUAGAACGUCCACAGCACAACCUGUAUGUUUCACCAGCUGAAUUUGUCACAAAUGGUUAUGUGCUGGCUAUGCUGUUGUUCCUGGCGUCAUUGGUCAUGAGCACCUUCUUGCAGAACUCUCAUUUUCUGCUUAUUCGAGAAGGUGCUAGAAUCAAAGUAGCUCUGCAGGCAAUGAUUUAUGAAAAGACCUUACAGCUGUCGAGCUGUCCAAUUAAUAGUGGGCAGAUAACGAGCGGACAGAUCUCAAACUACAUGUCCAAUGAUGUCAGCAUCAUCUGUAUGGCUUUCUCAUUGUUUCACCACGUAUGGGCAAUGCCAUUAUUGGUAAUCCUGUGCUUGAUAAUGCUGCACAGCCAAAUGGGUUACAGUGCAGUGAUUGGUGGUUGUGUGGUGUUCAUACUGACCCCAAUACAGUAUAAAGUGGCAUCAUAUGCUGCAUUUAUAAAUCAAGAUAUCAUGCAAUGUUCUGAUACUCGUUUGAAGAGAAUAAGUGAACUUUUUCAAGCCAUCAAACUUCUCAAACUUUAUGCCUGGGAAGUGGUAUUCUCUCAGCAGGUUGAAGAAAUCAGAAAAAAAGAAAUCAAGUUCCUGCUCAAAGCUUGUUUUUUCAAAACUAUUGCAUUUUUUAUAACAAAUGCAGGCCCUGUCAUCCUCAUGCUUGUGACCUUCCUGCUGUAUCCAUACAUAGAAAGUGUUCCACUCACUGCAGCCAAGGCAUUCUCUUCCCUGGCCUUGUUCAAUAUGAUCAGCAGUCCUCUCUACAUGUUCCCACUGGUCGUGAACAUCCUGGUCAAGGCAAAGAUCAGCUCGAAGAGAAUACAGGAGUUCUUAUUUGCUAAGGAAGUGGAGGCAGCAUUUCUGCCAGCUUUUUCAUCAAGUAGUGAGUCCAAUGGAGCUUUAAUGAGCAAGAUUCCCAGUGUUCAAAAUCAUGAAGCAGUUGCGCAGAUGUCUCCAAAAGCUGAUGAUCAAAUUACACAAUCACCUGCAGAGUUAGAGCAUGUGCAAAUUAUAAGCAAUAAGAAACCAGCAGCAAAAGACAAGAAUUUGCAUGUAGAAUUUAGAAAAAAUAAGAAGAAAAUAUGUAACCAUGCCACACAGACUGAUAAAACAAAAAAUAAAAAGCAGUUAGCUGAAACAAAGAAACUAUUAAAGGAUAAAGCAUUAAGAAAGGAUGAAGAGGAGGUAGACAAAUCACAACUGGCUGUUGAAACUUUACAAGUUCCCAAAGACAAAAGUAGGACAAAAGAAGUUAGUGUUCAGGUUCAUAGCAGUGAUGAUGAAGAUGAUGGAGGAGAAAAGUGCCCUGUUGUUUUGGAAAUCAGAAAUGCAGAUUUUUCAUGGGACACGGACAAGAAAAUGGUGAAUUUGAAAGACAUCAAUAUCAGAUUCUUGAAAGGACAGCUGACCCUGGUUGUUGGUCCAGUGGGGUGUGGGAAGUCUUCUUUACUCUCUGCAUUACUGGGUGAGAUGUGUCUAGUGAAAGGCAGUGUGGAGUGGAACCAGAAAACAAGCAUAGCCUAUGUUUCCCAAAGUCCUUGGUUGCUAAACUGUUCUCUCAAAGAAAAUAUACUGUUUGGGAGGCCUUUUGAAAAGAAGAGAUAUCAGCAUGUUAUCAAAAUGUGUGCUCUGCAACCAGACCUGGAUAGUUUACCUGCUGGAGACGACACUGAGAUUGGAGAAAGUGGUGCCAAUUUGAGUGGAGGACAGAAGCAGAGAGUCAGCAUAGCCAGGGCUAUUUACUCCAAUGCAGAUGCAGUAAUCAUGAUAUUCUGUUGUAUAUUACCUAGAUAUCAGCAUGUUAUCAAAAUGUGUGCUCUGCAACCAGACCUGGAUAGUUUACCUGCUGGAGACGACACUGAGAUUGGAGAAAGUGGUGCCAAUUUGAGUGGAGGACAGAAGCAGAGAGUCAGCAUAGCCAGGGCUAUUUACUCCAAUGCAGAUGCAGUAAUCAUGGAUGACCCUUUAUCUGCUUUGGAUGCUCGUGUUGGCCGUCAGGUUUUCAAAGAUGGCAUACUAAAAUAUCUCAUCAGGAAGAAAAAGAAGCUAGUGAUAAUAGUGACAAACCAUCUGCAGUAUUUAGGCCAUGCUAGUCAGGUUGUGGUGAUGAAAGAAGGUGCUGUUAAGCAUGUUGGAACAUUUCAUGAAAUCCAAGAGAAAGAUUCUGGACUAUAUGAAAGCUGGAAGGAAACAGUGAAGAAAACAAGGGCUGAAGAUGAAACUACAACUGAGGAAGGUGCUCCAGAUGUACAGAGAUUAACGAAACCUACUUUACAGUUAGAGCAAACGGAUGCUAGUCAGCCCGUCAGUGCUUCUCGAAGCUCAGGUAUAGACAUGCUAGGUGCCUUUGUACCUCUGUCUGGUAUGGUUGCUACGGAUACUUAUGGAGAGGACCUUGCAGAGGCAGCCAAAAGAGUGUCUGGUAGCACAUCAAGUCUAGAGUUAGAACCGUUGGCAGAGAUAUGUGUCGAAGAAGAGAAGGAUGCCAAAGAACCCUUGAUGUGCAAACAAGGCAAACUGAUAGAAGAGGAAGAGAAAGAAACUGGAUCAAUCAAACUGAAAACCCACCUUGCCUUUUUUAGUGCCUGCUCUUGGGGCCUUUCAGUUCUAGUUCUUCUACUGAAAAUUUUACAGCAGGGCUUACGAUUGGCCACCGACCUUUGGCUAGCAGAAUGGGCAGUGGCUGGUGACCAGAUGAAUAACUCACUAGUUUCCAAAAACUUAAGCAGAGACAAUAUAUUGAGGUACCAAGCCUCAGUAGAGCCCAAUGUUUUGGUGCUACCUGGUGACAAUCAGUCAAGCUCUCCCACUUCCACAGGCGAAACAGAUAGGGAUGUCAUGUACUAUGUCAUGGUGUAUGCCAUCCUAUCUGCAGUCAGUAUUAUUAUUGUGCUAUUUGCAUCACUCACUGUGGAACUCACAAUCUUGUAUGCAGCAAGAAAUCUGCAUCAGUCCAUGUUACGCAAUCUCAUCUUAGCUCCAUUAAGGUUUUUUGAUACUACUCCCAUUGGCAGGAUUAUGAGCAGAUUUGCUGCAGACACAUAUCAGCUAGAUCAGAUUAUCUCUUUUUAUAUCAGUAACGUCCUGACACAGAUCUUAACCUGUAUUGCGGCUAUAGUAGCCAUCUCUUUGGCAACACCAUAUUUCUUAAUUGCAGUUGCUCCCUUGGUGUUGAUCUACUGUGUAAUACAGAGGUUCUUUAGGGUAUCAGCAAGGGAACUCAUGAGAUUAGACAAUUUAUCCAAAUCCCCUAUUUUUGCACAUUUUGCUGAAUCCAUGGGAGGCUUAGCAACAAUAAGGGCCUUUAGACACCAGAAAAGGUUUUGGUGCAACUUAGCAGAGAAAAUAGAUUUAAAUAAUUCAGCAUUCCUCUGGCUUCAAAGUGCCAACAGAUGGUUUGGAAUUCGCCUGGACUAUCUUGGUGCUGUCACAAUAUUCAUAGCAGCUGUAGCAGCCCAGGCAGCAGGACUAGCUGGAAAUGCUGACCCAGGCAUUGUGGGCCUUGCUAUAGCUUAUGCAGUUAUGAUAUCUAAUGUGCUAAACUUGCUGUUGAGCAGCACAGCAGAGUUAGAGAUGCAAAUGAAUGCAGUGGAAAGAGUUGACCAGUAUUCACAUGUAACUAGUGAGGUCUACUCUGCACCUCAAGGUAGUCCCAAACUGCCAGAGAACUGGCCCAGUGCUGGAGAGGUCCAGUUUGACCAUGUUCACAUUAAGUAUGCAGACAGCCUAGAGCCUGUACUCAGAGACAUUAACUUACAAAUCCAGGGAGGAAAGAAGAUUGGUAUAUGUGGUAGAACAGGGAGUGGCAAGUCCUCUCUGAUGUUGGGCCUGUUCAGGAUCAUCCAGACUAGUCAGGGUAAAAUAGUCAUAGACGGAGAAGACAUUGCCGACAUCCCACUGAGGAAACUGCGUUCCAGUUUAUCAAUCAUUCCUCAGGAUCCUGUGCUAUUUGCUGGCACUGUCAGGUUUAAUCUUGAUCCAGAAGGUACUAAGUCUGAUAAAGAAUUGUGGAAUGCCCUAGAAAUUGCACAACUUAAAACUGCUAUCACGAAUCUAGAAGGAGGACUUGAAGCUCAGGUGUCUAACAGUGGAGAUAACUUCAGUAUAGGUCAAAAACAGUUAUUUUGCUUGGCGCGGGCCUUCUUGAGGCACAGCAAGAUUCUGGUGAUGGAUGAAGCUACAGCAUCUGUUGACAUGGAAACUGAAGCAGCAAUACAUCAGGUGGUAAAUGAAGUCUUCAUGGAUAGCACUGUUAUAAUCAUAGCAAUAUCUAAUGUGCUAAACUUGCUGUUGAGCAGCACAGCAGAUUUAGAGAUGCAAAUGAAUGCAGUGGAAAGAGUUGACCAGUAUUCACAUGUAACUAGUGAGGUCUACUCUGCACCUCAAGGUAGUCCCAAACUGCCAGAGAACUGGCCCAGUGCUGGAGAGGUCCAGUUUGACCAUGUUCAUAUUAAGUAUGCAGACAGCCUAGAGCCUGUACUCAGAGACAUUAACUUACAAAUCCAGGGAGGAAAGAAGAUUGGUAUAUGUGGUAGAACAGGGAGUGGCAAGUCCUCUCUGAUGUUGGGCCUGUUCAGGAUCAUCCAGACUAGUCAGGGUAAAAUAGUCAUAGACGGAGAAGACAUUGCCGACAUCCCACUGAGGAAACUGCGUUCCAGUUUAUCAAUCAUUCCUCAGGAUCCUGUGCUAUUUGCUGGCACUGUCAGGUUUAAUCUUGAUCCAGAAGGUACUAAGUCUGAUAAAGAAUUGUGGAAUGCCCUAGAAAUUGCACAACUUAAAACUGCUAUCACGAAUCUAGAAGGAGGACUUGAAGCUCAGGUGUCUAACAGUGGAGAUAACUUCAGUAUAGGUCAAAAACAGUUAUUUUGCUUGGCGCGGGCCUUCUUGAGGCACAGCAAGAUUCUGGUGAUGGAUGAAGCUACAGCAUCUGUUGACAUGGAAACUGAAGCAGCAAUACAUCAGGUGGUAAAUGAAGUCUUCAUGGAUAGCACUGUUAUAAUCAUAGCACAUAGAGUCUCUACCAUUUUGAACUGUGACACCAUUAUUGUGUUGGACAAAGGAAAAGUUAUAGAGCAAGACACCCCAGCAGUAUUAUUAAGUCAAGAAAACAGCAAGUUUGUAAGCUUUGUGAAAGCCAAUACACAUAAGUGAAUGUGCCAAAUAUUUGACUCAUCAAAACAGACUUGGAAAAUAUGUCUGGAUUUUCUAAUUUUUUCCGAGUGAGCAUAAUUCAGUCACAUAGCUAUUAAAAUGAAGAAAUUAUCUGCCUUAUACAUGCACAUGAGUUCAGCACUGUUGUUUACAGUAAUUCAAUGUGUUAUUCAUCUUUGCAGAUUUAAUCAACAGUCAGAAUAGUUUGAUUUAAAAAAGCUUUUUCUGUUUAGACAAAAUUUCAUUUGCUCAAAUUCAAUUAGUUAGAUGUAUUCAGUGAAUCAUUACAUUAUAACUGUAUAUGAAGAAAGGAGAUACAUAGCAGUUUCAUGUACAUUUUAUUUUACUUCAAUUUUUUUUUCAAUUAUAUAUCUAUUUUGUACAGAAACUGUUGUUGGUGAAAAAAAGUGAGUUAAAGUGCUACUUGUAUACAUUUUGGUUGCUCUGUUGGUGGACACAGCUUAAUACUUUUUUAAGGUCACAGUUUAUAAAAAAAGGAGUUUUAGUAUAAAAUUGGUAUGCAGUGGAUUUGUAUCAGAUAAUUGCCAAGUAUGCUUAAUACAAGUAUGUUUUAAGUAUGCUUUCUUUUUUUUUCUUAGUGGGUAGGUUAUAGAUGUUACCUUAGUUAUUACCUUGUGAAUGAAAUACAUGAGCUUUAUUGUUAUGUUUAAUCCUGUUUGGAUUAAUAGAACUUUAACUGGUACAGUGUACAGAAUCUUUUAGACCAGAAUAUUUUGGUCUAGCUCAAUUCAGGUUAAAUACAUUUCAGCCUACUAGAAUAAAGUAAAUAUUGUUCUCAAACAUACAUGUUCUUAUAUUCUUCCUAUAACAGACAUAAUAUUUCCUACUGCAGGUUUAUCUUGUGUCAGGCUUGACUAACUGAUGCUCUAAAGGUGGAAACUAAGGGCGCUUCCAGAACAAGUUGAUCGACGGACUAACAGAUUAUUGAUCAAAUAUGGACGACCCACUUUAAAGCAAUGCUGCCUAAUCUCCUAAUGGACUCCCCGCCUUCCACACUUCCACAGCAACUAAAUUUCAGCUCUAUUUUGAACCACAAUUUAAUUGUGUUGGAGGCAGGAAGUCCAUUAGGGGAUUCACCGGCAUUGUUUUUAAGAAGGGCGACCAUAUUUGAUUUAUGGAUCUGUUAAUCCACAGAUCUAACUUGUUCUGAAUGGGCCGAAACUCUCAGUUUUGAGUUUAUUUGUAAAAUAGGCCCCAGAUGACACAUUUUUUGGCAAAGCAUUGAUUUUCUGAACAUGGUUCUAGUGAUGUCAGCAUUUCACUCACAUGUCAUCCCAUCAAAAAUAACUUCCAGUUGAUUGUUUGUAGUCAUUUGGAAAUGCAUGGUCUGAGUAAAUGAAUUCAUUCUGACAUAAUCUGGUGAGAACUGAAUCUUCAGUAAGCAUGGUUUGCACCUUCAGUGUAUCAGAAUUAUUCUAGUUUUGACAAUUGUCAAAUUGAAGAUACCUCUGCUUACCAUUUGCUUUGCAGAUCUGUAUAUAAACCAUAAGGAAAGGGUGAAUAUUUAACUUAUUCUGCUUGGAUAUAUAUCAUAAUAUGAUUAACAGAGUAGCUUCAAAAGCCAAAGAAGGAAAGUGAAAAAAUGCCUGUCUUCUUACAUAAUAUAAUAUUAUAGUUCUUGUUUAUUUCUUUAAGUUAUACCAAUUUUUCUUCUUUUUAAUGCCAAUUUUAUUCUUUUUAAAACGGUUAAUGAUUAUUAGGUUUUAGUGAUAUAUGUUUCAUAGUAAGUGCUUUCCUCAUAAAUCUCAUUCAAGAAGCAAGACUACGGUCUAGCAAUUGUAUGCAAAUUCAUAGCAUCAGAUCUGGAGAUAAAUUUGUUUGAUGUUAAGUCUCACAAGAUGAGGUGCACUCGGUCUUAGAUUCUUUAAGUGUGUAUCUUACCACCUUGCUGUUACACUCUCAUUCGUGUAUCUGCUUACAAGUUUGAAAUUGCUGCCACAUGAGAGUUUCUUGAAGAGAAAGGUUUGUCCUUCAGCUGUGGCAAGGCUGGGUGCAUUCCAGUUAUUCUGUAUUGUAGUAGUCAGAUGUCUAAUGAAUUUAAAAUCGUUGUUACUAGAUUUUUUUCAUUAGGAAAGGGGCCCAUGGCUACCCCCCCCCCCCUUUUAUUUACCACCAAUGAUGAUGGCAGUUUGUCCAGUCUGAUAGACAAAUGGAUAACCAUGAGCAGUAUAAUUGUUGUGUUGCUUUUUAUUCCUAUGAGAAAAAAGUCACUAUGGUUAUUACAUGCCAUACACAUGCAAUUAGUCAAUAUGUUUUUUUUCCAACCUCAGAUCAUGUGUUUAAUAUUAUAUUAGAAGUUUGAUAUAAUAAAAGGCAUAAGCUACAAAGUGUCUUACAAGACAUGUAGAAGUAGCACUUGAAGUUGCUGUAUCUUUGUCUCAUUCCCCAAAUUUUUGUGUUGUCCAAAGUAAAGAAGGUUCACUUAAAAGGGCAGGCAUCUAUCCUUUUGUGCAUGUUGCAUCAACAUUGCCAUAAUUAUGCUAAGUUACAAUAAGAAAGGAUUCUUGGAGAAAAUACUAGUAUGAUUUGUAUUUCAAGAAAUGUUAGUAGAAAUUUCAAGUGUAUUUCGUUAUCUGAAUCAUAAUUAUUUUCUUUACAAAUUCACUAAUCAAAAGAUUUUAAUGUAGUGUUAUUAGAAUAUUUACUAAAAAUCUUAUUUAUGAUAGUGUUCCUGCUGGAUUUUGUACCAGUCUUUCUCCUGUGAUGAUUUUGAGUGUUUGUAAAAAAAGUUUACAUAAUGUAGUAAAUUGUGUAUAACAAUUGUUCCUUUCUGGAUUAUUGAAAUAUUUUACAUAAGUGAAAUCACUGCCACUUUUUGUACUUUUCAAUAUGCACAAUGACUAUUGUAAUUGUUUUGUACACUGACUUGACAUUUCACCAUCAGUAUCAGUUUGCACUGUAAAUGAAAAAAAAAAAGAUGUGAAUAUAAGCCAGAACUUACAAGUCUGCCAUUCAGACUACUUUUAAUAUUGUGAAAAUAGAGGCUGUUGUAUUGUGUUCACUAUUAAUCUCAUACAUACAGGCAAAAAUAAAGUUUCAAUA